AUGACUAAAAUCAUCCUCUCCAUAAACUCCGGAUCCUCCUCUAUAAAAAUCUCCGUCUUCUCCGCCACCAGCAGCGACCAACCACCCACCCCCCUCGCCGAAACCCAAAUCGACGGACUCACCUCCCCACCCCCAACCCUCACCUACAUGCGCUCUGGAACCUCUAUCCACAAACACCUUCCACUCACCCAAGACAUUCCCGAUCAAAAAGCCGCCUUCCAAUACCUCCUCGACCUCCUCCUGCACGAUUCUUCCUUCCCACAAAUCACCCACGUCAGCGACAUAUCCCUCGCCAGCCACCGCGUCGUCCACGGCGGGGACUACCAAACCAGCAAACUAACCACCCACGAAACCUACCAACACCUCUCAGCCCUCUCUGAUCUCGCUCCCUUACACAACGCCUCCGCACUCUCCAUAAUAUCCCACUGCAUAUCCGUCCUACCCUCCACCCGCAACAUCGCCGUAUUCGACUCUGCAUUCCAUGCUUCGCUGCCCGCCCAUAUCUCCACAUAUCCCAUUAAUCAAACGAUUGCGCGCAAGAACGGGUUGCGAAAAUAUGGGUUUCAUGGGAUAUCCUAUGCGUUUAUCACGCGCAGCGUAGCAGAGUUUCUGGGCAAGGAGGAGGCGGAGACGAAUAUUAUUGCGUUGCAUUUGGGGAGUGGAGCGAGCGCGUGUGCAGUGAAGGGGGGGAAGAGUUGGGAUACUAGUAUGGGGUUGACGCCGUUAGCGGGAUUACCUGGGGCGACUAGGAGUGGGAGUUUGGAUCCUAGCCUAGUAUUCCACUACGCCACCAACGUCGGCAAGCUCUCCCCCAACUCCACCACCUCCCUACACAUAUCCCGCGCCGAAGAAAUCCUCAACAAAGAAUCCGGCUGGAAAUCAUUAACCGGCACCACGAAUUUCGCCACCAUAACCACAUCCGCCUGUUCCAGCUCUCCGGACCCCAAAAUGAAACUCGCAUUUGAUAUAUUCGUGGAUCGAAUCUUGAGCUACAUAGGUCAUUAUUAUGUAUCACUGCAUGGGAAUGUCGAUGCGUUGGUGUUUGCAGGGGGGAUUGGGGAGAAGAGCGAGGUCUUGAGGAGGAGGGUGGUGGAGGAGGUGGGGUGUUUGGGGUUUGAGAUUGAUGAAAAGGCGAAUGGGAGGGAGAUGAGGGGAGUGGUGCAGGAUGUGGGGAAGGAGGGGGCGAGGCAUCGGACGUUGGUUUGUCGGACGGAUGAACAGUUUGAGAUGGCGAGACAUUGUGUGGUUGAUAAAGAACUAUUUGGUGAAUGA